AUGACCAGACGAAAAACCACCAAAGACCCCCCCGGAACUCGCUCUGAAAGAUUAAGACGCUCACAGAAUGCCACCCUCAAUUCCAUCGCUUGGGCUCGAUUGCGUAGAGGUGACCGAACGGGAAAUCAGGAAAUCGAGCAAAUGGAAGAUACGGAAAUGAUGGACAACCCUUACGAUCCAAACCAAGAAUCUGAGUGGGAGGACGAAGGACCCGACUCUUCAGAUGAAGAUCAGGAAGAUCAUACACGAUGGGUGACUUUGGACGAAUUUGAGGACCAAGAAGAAGGCAUUGAUCCCACGAUCCCAUCUGCCCAAGAAGAAUAUCGACGAUUAGCUAAGGAGUACAAUUGGAAUCGGUUGCUGAAAGAACUUCACACUUGGUACGUCACCUUGAAGUUGCACACAAAGAAUUGGUCUGGCCCGAACUCGUAUGAAGAACACAAAUCAGAUAGCUGUAGAUGCAGCUCUCGGGACCAGAGGAGUCGCCCUGUCGAUAUGGUUGAUAUAUAUGCUCAAAGACGCAGGUUGAUUCUAUUCUGCAAAUGUACACACGACGCGGUCCGUUUAUUGCGACAGGGAUAUCUAGCCGGAUCACCUAUCAAACCGCAAACAGCGUUCUCGCUGCCACUUCUCAUAUUUCACAACUCGCUGUGGAACAACUGCCACAUUGGUAUGUUGCCUUUCACAGUUGCACUCACCGAAUUUCUGGAGCCCCGCUCAGAGCGAUUAUGUGCCAAGGGCAAGAAUCAUGCUCGAGAUAUGCGAAAGCCUUUCUCAGCUGCCGUCGAUCUGUUCCGAUUGCUUCAAGAAAGGUCCGAUGACUUGAUGGAUUCAACGCUUGGCCUGACCGAGCAGGACAAGCUUGCUGGCCGUUCUUGUCCGGCUUGCUUUGGUCCUGAGCCAGCCAACAGCAUGGAUUACCCCGACUCAGUUCGAAACCGCCUCAUAGUAUGUCUCGAUGGAAAUUUUCAACAUAGACACCACUCGAAAGCCAGUCGUGAUUACGAGACUCUUCAAACCCCCAGCAUUUUCCUCCCCGAAGGCGCGGUCGAGAUGAUGACCCAAGAAAUCCGGCACAUGGAGGUUAUGAAUAAAACUCCCAAACAGGCAGAUCGAUGUGCUGACGCGCACAAGGCGGCCGACGAUAAAAGGAAUGAGUCGACAUGGAAGGGGUGCGAUGAUACUGGGCUCAUGGGUCUAUGCUGUCGACACGAUUCAGCCGUCUUUUUGGCUAACAUUUAUAAGUCGGGUGAACUGAGGGCCCUUCCAUUGGCUUUAAUGAAGAGACUGCUCAGAUUGGAUCCUGAUCGGCCGGUUGGUAUUUUAUAUGAUAUUGGGUGUUCCCUUGACAAAUAUAUCAACUUGCGCGGACUUCUACCAGAUUUGACGAAGGAAACAACUUUUGGAACAUCGAUCUUCCACUCUUAUGUCCACAAUUGGGCCUGCCAAUUGGAUUACAAUCCUCGACUUAAUACGGGGUGGGGUUUAUCCGAUGGCGAAGGGUUAGAGCGAAUGUGGUCGUAUCUAUCACCACUAGUAAGUCCUCUGAGGUAUGCGACUCGUAAUCAUCGACUGUCGGCCAUUGCACAUCGUUUGAAGUAUCACAACACCAGAGGGAUCCGACAGCUACCCCACUGGCUGUCAAGAAAGUUCAAAUUAGCAUCGAAACGUCGAAUUGAAACCCGAAACGAACUCGCAAAACUCUUGUCAGCUCAAAAUCCUUUCAAGAGACCUGGCUGUAAAUACACAAUAUCAUACUUCCAGAAGCAAUGGAACCAUCAGCGAACUUUCCGAGCCGAUCAUACGGACGAAGAGCAGGAGCGCAGGGAUAAACUAAUCAAGAUCUACGAACAUCAAUUAAACAUUGAAAUCCUAAGGCAAGAAGUCAAGAAGAUCACAGAUAAGAUCGAAAGGGUAUCAAAGAAGCUGAGUAAAGAUGCUGCUGAAGCCGAGGCAUUGGGAAUCGGCUUACCUUCUGGUGAUGAAAAUAGUGAUGAGCAGAGGCUUCUCCUACUUUUAUGGAACUCGAAAAACGAACUGUACAUACAAGCAGUACAACUCCGGGCAGAGCGGCAGCCCCUCUUGGAUGCAAACAAACUGGGGACGCCACUCGGUACUGAGCUCAAAGAAAAGAUUCUGAAAGCAAUGGCGAAUCGCCGCCCAGCAGUUAACAAGCUACUCGACAAGUACAACAAACUGUUUGCCGAGUACUUGGAAAAAUUUCCGGAUCAACAAGCGACCGACACUUCUCACUAUCCUGUCACAUAUGACGACUUCUCCGAUUGGCCACUGGAUCAUCAAUUCUGGAAUGAUGGACUGUAUUUCCAGUCAAAGGCUCCCUGGGCAAUUGAGCCUGAUGUGCGAGCGGGUAUCAACUAUGUCCUUAUCCUUAACAGGGUGCAAGAAGAAUUUCAACUAAUUGCUCAAGAGUUGGCCCGAGCGGUCGGUUGGGCAAUCUGCUAUUAUAUUCACGUUGAAAACACAAUAACAGCAUUGGGAGAGCGUAUUAAACUACUAGAAGAUCGACCCGACGAUGUGGAGUUGGAUCGCUUUGAUAAUUUGGUCCUUUACGGAUUGAAUCGUAGAAACAAGCUCAGAUUAAUUCGCAAGGAACUACGUUGUCGACUGACACUUCAUGCAACAUUGGUGGAAGAGUGGCAUCCACAUGUUCUGUGGCUUGCAAAUCACUGUCAGCCCAGCGAGCACUGCAAGGUCUUGUUGAACGAUUGGGAUAAUAUACGGAAGAAGAUCGAAUCCGAGAAGGGUGGUGUCUUAGCAAGCCAACCCGAAGUAGAUGUACCGUUGGAGGAGGCCGUUCUAGGAAUGGGAGCCGAUGACGGUGAGGAUGCAGAUGAAAAUAUGAUGUCCGAAACGGAACAAGCAAAUGAUGAUGAUGCCUCCAACAACCCGAUCGUUGUCGAAACUGCAGCAGGAAACAAUAGUGAUGAUGAUGAGAGUUGA